AUGGAGGUGACGGCGGCCGUCCGUGCGUCCUCCGCGUCCGUGCAGGAGAAGCUCACGGCUGGGCUGACUGCGGCGACCGUGGCAGCGACGCUGGUGCUGCCCGAGGUCGCGGAGGCCGCGUUCCCGGGGUUGUCCCCGUCGCUCAAGAACUUCCUGCUCAGCAUCGUGUCCGGCGGGGUCGUCUUCGCCGACAUCGCCGGGGCCGUCGUCGCCGUCUACAACUUCAACCCCGUCAAGCGAACCUGA